CAUUUAUUAAAUCUCGCAUGUUAGCUUAUAUCAGUCUUGCAAGCUCACAUACGUCGCCAUUCGUCCGUCUUUCUUCACAACAAGUUGGACUUCUGUACACCGUGAAUCUGCCCCCAGCAUUUUAGCCAUGUCAAAACAAAUCCGUCUCGGCAUUCUCACGCCUUCCUCAAAUACUGCGUUGGAACCUCUCACUUUCCAGAUCGUUUCCUCCAUUCCAAAUGUCUCCGUUCACUUCUCCCGUUUCCCAGUCACGGGGAUCAGUCUCUCAGCCAAAGGUCUCGCCCAGUUUGACCAAUCAGUCAUCAUGCAAGCCGCUCAACUGCUUGCCCAUGCCGAAGUUGAUAUGAUAGGCUGGAGCGGAACAGCAGCAGGAUGGAUGGGAUUCGAGAGCGACGAAAAACUCUGUGAAGCUAUUACCAAAGCUACCGGUAUACCCGCCACUACCUCCGUCUUGGCUUUGAACAAGGCUUUGGAUAUCUUCAAGGUCAAGAAGCUUGGACUGGUCACGCCUUAUCUGGAUGAGGUUCAGGAGAGGAUUGUGAAGAACUACAACGCUAUUGGGGUGGAGGUCACCUCGGAAACGGAACGCCAUCUGCGCGUUGCGAAGAACACUGACGUUACCCUGAUUGGUGAGGAUGUAUUGGAGAAGUUGGUAGGGCAAGUGGUUGAGGGGGGCGCAGAGGCUGUUUCGACGUUUUGCACGAAUCUGAUAGCGGCGCAUAAGGUCGAGCUUUGGGAGGCAAAGUAUGGCGUUCCAGUGUUGGAUACUGUUACUACGGUUACUUGGGAUAUGUUGAGGCAGUGUGGGGUAGAUACUAAAGCGAUCAAAGGGUGGGGGAGAAUAUUCCAGGAGGCAUGAUCAGAUUUAUAAACAUAAAAAUA